GUAAUUAUGGUUUCGAUCCGGAUUUCUUAUUAAAGAAAGCCUGUAAUUUUUGGAUAUAUAGACUAAUACUGUUUGCGGCUUUUGCAGGAAGUAGGAAAGCCAAAAAAUGCCGGAGCCACGCAGUCCAAUGGCCAGCUUCGCCCAGUCGGUGCAGAGUGUCAUCGACGGCCCCAUAACCUGGUUCCGAGAGACCAUCGUGGAGCCGAACCAGACCAAGUACAACUGGUACCACCAGCAAUUCCGUCGUGUGCCGACCAUUGACCAGUGCUACACGGAUGACGCCGUCUGUCGCUUCGAGGCCGACCAGCAGUUCCGCCGGGAUCGCAUGGUGGACAACGAGAUUGUGAACAUUCUGCGCCAGCGCUUCGAGGAUUGCACUCUCUACGAGGCUCCCGACCACAUCGUCAAGUGCAAGCCGCUGCUGGAACAAUACGAAAAGGCCACCGAGAACUGGUUCAUCAAGUAUGGCGAUUUGGGAGGAUACGCCAAUGCCAAGACCGCCUACAUGAAGCAGAAGCACCGCCUUAUCUGGGAGCGUCGCCACGGACCUGUGGGCAGCGGCAUGAAGGAGGAGGCCGCCCACUAGGUUGCGCCCUCAACUCUGUGUUCUCGUCGAGCCAGCCGGUGGUUUGAGCUGAUGUUUUUAGUUCCAUUAUCCGUUAUCAAAAAUAUACACACCCCGAAAUGGUAAAUCCAAAAAGUUGGUAGAUUAAAUUGUAAAUCGAAGUGGUUGACCCAGCUAUUGAUUAGUAAACGCUUUUCGAAAAGGUUAAGUGUGUAUUCAGUUGAAAAUUAUGAUUUAAUCAAAUAAGCUAUACUAAAAAUAUAGUCUUGGAAUCCUUA